UCAGUUUCGUAAUAGUUAAAAAAAUGUUUUCUUUAAUUUUGGUUCUCAAACGGACAAUACUUUGUCGAUAAUCCAGAACUUGCGUUUAAUUGCGGACUUAAAAAAAUAUUAAAUUAAACGAUUGUAGAUAUAAAUAACCUAUGCACUAUUACCUUUAUUUGGAAUGAUAUUUUUCACUGAAGAUAGAAAGUGUUCUUGCCGGUAGGCUCCUCUCCUCUUUACUUACCUAGAUCAUAUUAUUUCGGAUUACACAAAAACUACAAAACAAGCUAAUCGGUUUAAUAUGCCCGUUUUUUCGUACAAUCUGUUCUGAAUCCAGCUUCUAUCAUGAUUUGGAAUGCAUUAUUCUACUAACAGGUAGAAAACUAAGCGUGAAAUUAGGUCUAAAUUUUAAAUUUUACAAUAUAGGAACAGUGGCUGUCAUUCAUAAAACAAUUAAAUUUGAUAAGGUCAUCCAAAGAGCUUGCAACUUCAACACGCGCUCUCUUAAUGAAACCCAAUUACCAUAGUCUUAUGUACAGAGGACGGAUAAGCUGGUUGUUAGUGUAAAUGGUUUCUUUUUGGGGUGUAUUGAAUAACUUUCAUUCUUAUCGAGACAGGUUUUAGGAGCAGCAUUAAAGUUACUGCUAGAUAUUCACAACUGCUUUAAUGAACACUAAAAUCUAACAGAGUAGUACCAAGUUGAGAUAAUCAAAAUAAUUCGUUUUGGUUAAAUUAUAUUGCAAACUGCUAAAUGCUGGCUUGCGUGGCGUUAGCUCGUAAGAACGUGCGUAUUAAAGGCUAGACAUUUUUCUGCUCCUAGCGUUGUCCUAUAUCAGAUAGUCGUAAAAUGUUAAACGACUAAUUUUGAACUAAUUUAGCACAAUAAUAAUUAAAUUUGAUUUUGUCAAAUAACAUAACGUUGAUUCUGCCUCAUUAGGAUGUGGUGCUUAAGUUUCAAAAUUGGUACUAACGAACGUCGAUUAAAUUUAUUCAGAUCUGUUGCUUGUAGAUUCUGUUUGCCUCUCAUAUGUAAUUAUUGGGGAUAUUUUUGUCAGAGUAGGCUUUUUGGUUUUUUUUUUUCAAAAAUGGUAGGAAGUCUAGUUUCGGGCUAUGGGCGAAGACUGUUUUUUAAAUGUGAGAUUAAUUCAUAAACAAGUUUAUGUAUACGUAAUCAUCGAAUUCUAUUUGCUAUGGAUUUUCUGUUCUUAGAUUAGAUACGGGGGAGCAAUGCCUGUCGUUGGUUCGCACGUAGAUGCUACCAUCUAUGAUAAGGUUAUGCAUCAAGAAGUUCUGUGACCGUUAGCCGGUUAAUCAUAUAUCUUCUCAGAAAUUAAGUUGAUUAUACCAGAAAUAUUGUGCACUGAAAUGUGCGUCCGCCUGAACGUAUAGGUCGUGCGGUAGUCGUCUAGGUUAUAGCUAGAUAAUUAAUGGGUGUACAAGGGUGCAUAUCGUCAACAAAUCUACACAUUUAUCGUAAAGCCAGCAUCUUAGGAAAUGUUUAGUGCCUAAACAAACUAUACCUCCUAUAUGCUCGUUUGUUAAGUCCAUUGCUAAAUCAAUAGGAGCGGCCAUACCGCCGACUAGAAACCGGCGUUUCUAAUUAACACGUCAAUGACUUAUAGAAAUGGCUAUGGAUUCAACUAAAUCUAGCGCUAGAAACGCUAACAUCAUGUUCCCGACUAAUCUCAUCCAGUCGCUCGAACUCAUUAUCUAUCGACUGUCCCAUUAAAAGUAAUAGACUAGCAAUUGGUUUGUCGUCAUACAUGCGAGGGACAGUGCCUGUCAGCACGGUACGGUUCCAGCCAGCUAUGCUAUAUAUUUGAGUUCACAUAUGAAAGUAGAUUUAGUGCAGAGUAGAGACUGGUGCAGGGAUUCAAACUGUUGAGUUAGUCGAACCUUAGUGAUUGUUUACUCAAUGUCCUGUUGUGUGGUCACCAAUUUCUUGAUACCAACAGAUUAGCUGUGUGUAUGUAGUCUUGUACAGCCUUAAACGAGUUCGUCUUGAAAAUGACACAUUUUGUAAACAUGUCCCUUUCACUAAUUGGUUAAUCAAUCGAAUAUUCCUGGCGGAAUUCUAUCCAAUUGAUAAUGGUGUACUCAAUGACAGAUCAGUUUGCUGCGGAGAAAUAAAUUCAAAGGUGGCUCAGUGUUGUCUGAGGUGCUUGAACUAUCGCAACGCCAGUAAGUUAACCCUUAUUAGAGGUAACGAUGAGUUCGUCCGAGCCCACCCAGCAACUUUCCGGCUCGAGUCCGCCAACGUCCAGAUCGGCGCGAGAUGCUAAAGCAAUUCGCAAAAGCUUCAAAGAUGAAGACGAUGCAUACUUCAGCGAAAAGAUUGCGGUGCCGUCCGCCAGCAAAACCUAUGAAUGGUUCAGUUGGCGGAAACUGUGGGCCUUCACAGGUCCAGGUUUCCUGAUGUCCAUAGCGUAUCUCGACCCGGGCAACAUCGAAUCGGAUCUGCAAUCAGGAGCUGUCGCCAGCUAUAAGUUGCUAUGGGUCCUAUUUACUGCAACAAUAUUCGGCCUAAUGAUGCAGCGUCUUGCGGCCCGCCUUGGAGUCGUAAGUGGCCACCACCUCGCUGAAGUUUGCCGACUCAGGUACCCUAAGUAUCCUCGGUAUCUCCUCUGGAUCCUCGUCGAAAUAGCCGUAGUCGGCAGUGACAUGCAAGAGGUUAUCGGAACAUCAAUCGCCUUGUUCCUGAUCAGUGACGGAGGUAUCCAGGUUUACUGGGGAGUGAUUAUCACGAUUUGUGAUACGUUCACGUUCUUGCUACUGGACAAAUAUGGCUUGCGGAAACUUGAAUGUGUGUUUUUGACACUUAUCACAAUUAUGGCGGGAACAUUCGGUUACGAGUAUGUUACGGUGGCUCCCCCUCAAAGUGAGGUUAUCAAAGGACUUUUCAUUCCAUGGUGUGAGAGUUGUAAUUACGACGUACUUCAGCAGGCUGUCGGUAUUAUCGGGGCUGUCAUUAUGCCCCAUAACCUCUACCUGCAUUCGGCAUUGGUCAAAUCACGAAAAAUCGAUCGUCGCGACAAGCACAGUGUAUCCGAGGCCAAUAAAUACUACUUCAUCGAAAGUUCUAUUGCGCUUCUGGUCUCAUUCAUCAUUAACAUUUUUGUUGUAUCCGUCUUCGCGCAGGGCCUUUACGGAAAAACCAAUGCGGAUAUCAAUGACCUCUGCAUGAAUUCAACAUUACAGUAUAAGAAGGAUGUCUUCAAGAAGGACGAUAAACCUGUACAUAUAAACAUUUACAAGGCUGGAAUCUAUCUUGGAUGUCAGUUCGGUCUUGGCCCUUUGAUGAUCUGGGCAAUUGGAAUAUUCGCCGCUGGCCAAAGCUCAACAAUGACUGGGACUUACUCUGGCCAGUUUAUCAUGGAGGGCUUCCUUAACCUCAAUAUUCAACGCUGGCUUCGAGUGCUUAUUACCCGAACAAUCGCCAUUGGACCAACGCUUCUGGUCUCGUUGAUUGGCGAUAUUAAUCAGCUAUCGUCCAUGAACGACCUUCUGAAUGCGCUGAUGUCCCUACAGUUGCCAUUUGCUCUAAUCCCUUGUAUUACAUUCGUAUGCCAUGAUGGCAUAAUGGGAGAUUUCAAAAGCGGAAAGGUGAUCAAGUCAUUCUCCUCGGUUUUGUUGAUACUUGUCAUCGGAAUCGAUUUAUAUUUCGUUAGCUUUUUGGUGUCGGAUAAAUUGACUCAGAACUGGUUCGUCUACGUACUUACAGCCAUUUUUGUCGUCUUCUAUAUUGGCUUCAUUCUCUACUUAGCGGGUUGUCUGCUCGUUGUUUUUGGCGUCACCGCGCUCACGUCGAUACCAUGCGUGGGACAGUAUCUGAAGUUAAAUGAUCCUGAACAGAUUGCACUUACUGGAUUGAGCGGAGGUAGCAGUGAUGACACGAUCGACUCCGCCGAUCAGUCGGUAGGACUCGACUCGGGAGGAAGUAUGGGGAAUUCACUUAGCGGUAGCGUCGUCACUCAAAUAGCGUCUCCUCGAUCUUCGACGGGCGAACAUCGCUUCCGAGUACUAUAUGCUGUGCGACAGGCUGCGUUACAGAACGGAUAGAAUGUACUUUGUUGUGACGACCAAUGAUUUUGCUGUCUCUUACUUAAGAUAGCGGUAAAGGCAGCACCAUUGUAAAACGUGGACUUCUGAUGAAGCUCACGAACGGGAGAUCCGUGGAAGGGUUCCUUAACACUAUCACAUGACGUUUCUACGCACGGGAGAUAACACCUAAGCCCGAAUAAAACAAAGCUCUAUUUUGUUUAAUUAAUAGUUUUGAUGACUACGUCGUUUUACUAUAUGAAUACGGAAUUUUGAAGUUCAUUCACUAACCCAUUAGAACUGUUAGUUUAAUAACUUAGCCUCUGAUCUGUGAUAAAUACAUUGUUAAAGUUAGAGGGUCGCGUAAGGUUGCCUGAACUCUAUUCGUUAUCAUACGUUUCAAAACUACAUUGAUGAAGACGGUAAGCGUAGUUACUUGGUGAUGUUAGCGAUAACUACUGAACUUGAAUAUCGUUAACACAUAACAUCGCACUAUAAUAUCACACUUGACUAGUGCCUGGUCAUUGGGUAAUGCUUCACAACAUAUAACAAUGUAGUAAGUUGGAAUUUAUAAAUUUCCAAAAGAGUUGGUUCUCUAUGAUAAAAUAAUAAAUAGACAGGUUUAGGGCCCUGUGACAGUA